AUGAUAUUCGGCCUCGUUGCCGUCUUGGCGAGCAUCGGCUAUGCUGCCGGUCGAAUACCAGUCUUUCCGGCCUUUGCCUUCGAAGGCGGGCUCGCCGAAAAGGAGGAAAUGGUCCAGGUCGCUGCGGACGUGCCAGUGAAUCGGUUUGCAAAAGUUGGUUUUGAUGACGAGAAAGUUGAGUCAUCGACUCAUCAAGAUGUCGUUGAGAUACCAGCCAGCAGUGACAGAAACUUUCAUGUCGACAGAGAAAGACUUGCUUUUCAGAACAACGUCUACGACACGACGACUACAGCCAUGACUACGCAGGCCACAACUACUAGAGCGACGACAACCCUAGGCGCAACCACAACAACACAGGCUACGACAACGCAUGCUACCACCACGCAAUGGGGAACAACAACAACACAGGCUACGACGACUCGUGAUACCACCACGCAAUGGGGAACUACGACAACACAGGCUACGACGACUCUUGCUACUACCACACAAUGGGGAACAACGACAACACAGGCUACGACAACGCGUGCCACUACCGCACAAUGGGGAACAACAACCCAAGAUAGUACAGCCCAGGCCACGACAAUCCAGACUACCACAACCCGGCCAGGAACAACCACUCAAGCUACAACUACACAAGGAACAACAACACAGGGCACCACUACACAAGCCACAACGACUCGUAUUACAACAACUCAAGCAACGACUACGCAAGCAACCACAAGUCACACAGGAACCACGACGCAAGGAACAACUACAGCAGGUACAACUGCACAGACUACUACAACGCAACCAGGGACAACAACGCAAGCAACUACAACGCAAGCUACAACCACACAGACAGGAACUACAACCCAAGCCACUGCAACCAAUACAGGAACAACUACCCAAGCCACCACAACACAACCGGUCACUACAACUCAAGGUAACUACAACCCAAGCUACAACCACACAGACAGGAACUACAACCCAAGCCACUACAACCAAUACAGGAACAACUACCCAAGUCACUACAACCAAUACAGGAACAACUACCCAAGCCACCACAACACAACCGGGCACUACAACUCAAGCUACAACAACUCAUCCCGGAACUACUACUCAGGUAACUACUACCCAAGCUACAACCACACAGACAGGAACUACAACCCAAGCCACUACAACCAACACAGGAACAACUACCCAAGCCACUACAACCAAUACAGGAACAACUACCCAAGCCACCACAACACAACCGGGCACUACAACUCAAGCUACUACUACUCGUCCAGGGACUACAACCCAAACAGGAACUACAACCCAAGCCACUACAACCAAUACAGGAACAACUACCCAAGCCACUACAACACAACCGGGCACUACAACUCAAGCUACAACAACUCAUCCCGGAACAACUACUCAGGUAACUACUACCCAAGCUACAACCACACAGACAGGAACUACAACUCAAGCCACUACAACCAAUACAGGAACAACUACCCAAGUCACUACAACCAAUACAGGAACAACUACCCAAGCCACCACAACACAACCGGGCACUACAACUCAAGCUACAACAACUCAUCCCGGAACUACUACUCAGGUAACUACUACCCAAGCUACAACCACACAGACAGGAACUACAACCCAAGCCACUACAACCAACACAGGAACAACUACCCAAGCCACUACAACCAAUACAGGAACAACUACCCAAGCCACCACAACACAACCGGGCACUACAACUCAAGCUACUACUACUCGUCCAGGGACUACAACCCAAGUAACGACUACCCAAGCUACUACUACUCGAACGACUACACAGGCUACAACAACUCAUCCCGGAACUACUACUCAGGUAACUACUACCCAAGCUACAACCACACGGCCAGGAACUACAACCCAAGCCACUACAACCAAUACAGGAACGACUACCCAAGCCACCACAACACAACCGAGCACUACAACUCAAGCUACUACUACUCGUCCAGGAACUACAACCCAAGUAACUACUACCCAUAUAGCGACUACUACGCAAGCUACAACUACUCUUACAGGAACUACUACCCAAGCUACUACUACUCGUCCAGGAACGACUACCCAACCCACAACUACUCGUCCUGGAACUACUACCCAAGCUACAACGACCCAGUCAGGCACCACAACUCAACCUACUACUACACUUCCAGGAACAACUACCCAAGCAACUACGACCCGUCCUGGAACGACUACCCAACCAACAACUACCCGUUCCGGAACCACUACCCAACCAACGACAACACGUCCAGGUACUACUACACAAGCAACAACUACCCGUCCUGGAACUACUACCCAAGCAACGACUACUCGUUCUGGAACUACUACUCAAGCAACGACCACCCGACCUGGAACUACUACUCAAGCAACGACCACCCUACCUGGAACUACUACUCAAGCAACAACUACUCGUCCAGGUACUACUACACAAACAACAACCACACGUCCUGGAACUACUACUCAGGCAACAACUACUCGUUCCGGAACUACUACUCAAGCAACAACUACUCGUCCAGGUACUACUUCACAGACAACAACUACCCGUCCUGGAACUACUACACAAGCAACGACUACUCGCACUACUACACAAGCAACAACCACGCGUCCUGGAACUACUACUCAGACAACGGCUACUCGUUCCGGAACUACUACCCAAGCAACGACUACCCGUCCUGGAACUACUACUCAGGUAACAACUACACUUCCAGGAACAACUACCCAAGCAACUACGACCCGUCCUGGAACGACUACCCAACCAACAACUACCCGUUCCGGAACCACUACCCAACCAACGACAACACGUCCAGGUACUACUACACAAGCAACAACUACCCGUCCUGGAACUACUACCCAAGCAACGACUACCCGUCCUGGAACUACUACUCAAGCAACGACUACCCGUUCUGGAACUACUACUCAAGCAACGACCACCCGACCUGGAACUACUACUCAGGCAACAACUACUCGUCCAGGCACUACUACACAAGCAACGACUACUCGUUCCGGAACUACUACUCAAGUAACAACUACACUAGCUACUACUACUCGUCCAGGCACUACUACACAAGCAACAACUACCCGUCCUGGAACUACUACCCAAGCAACGACUACCCGUCCUGGAACUACUACUCAAGCAACGACUACCCGUUCUGGAACUACUACUCAAGCAACGACCACCCGACCUGGAACUACUACUCAGGCAACAACUACUCGCCCAGGCACUACUACACAAGCAACGACUACUCGUUCCGGAACUACUACUCAAGUAACAACUACACUAGCUACUACUACUCGUCCAGGCACUACUACACAAGCAACGACUACCCGAUCUGGAACUACUACCCAGGCAACAACUACUCGGCCUGGAACUACUACCCAAGCAACGACUACCCGUCCUGGAACUACUACUCAAGCAACGACCACCCGACCUGGAACUACUACUCAGGCAACAACUACUCGCCCAGGCACUACUACACAAGCAACGACUACUCGUUCCGGAACUACUACUCAAGUAACAACUACACUAGCUACUACUACUCGUCCAGGCACUACUACACAAGCAACGACUACCCGAUCUGGAACUACUACCCAGGCAACAACUACUCGGCCUGGAACUACUACCCAAGCAACGACUACCCGUCCUGGAACUACUACUCAAGCAACGACCACCCGACCUGGAACUACUACUCAGGCAACAACUACUCGCCCAGGCACUACUACACAAGCAACGACUACUCGUUCCGGAACUACUACUCAAGUAACAACUACACUAGCUACUACUACUCGUCCAGGCACUACUACACAAGCAACGACUACCCGAUCUGGAACUACUACCCAGGCAACAACUACUCGGCCUGGAACUACUACCCAAGCAACGACUACCCGUUCUGGAACUACUACUCAAGCAACGACCACCCGACCUGGAACUACUACUCAAGCAACGACCACCCUACCUGGAACUACUACUCAAGCAACAACUACUCGUCCAGGCACUACUACACAAACAACAACCACACGUCCUGGAACUACUACUCAGGCAACAACUACUCGUUCCGGAACUACUACUCAAGCAACAACUACACUAGCUACUACUACUCGUCCAAGCACUACUACACAAGCAACGACUACCCGUCCUGUAACUACUACCCAGGCAACAACUACCCGGCCUGGAACUACUACACAGGCAACAACUACUCGGCCUGGAACUACUACCCAAGCAACGACUACUCGUCCUGGAACUACUACUCGAGUAACAACUACACUAGCCACUACUACUCGUCCAGGCACUACUUCACAAGCAACGACUACCCGUCCUGGAACUACUACCCAGGCAACAACUACCCGGCCUGGAACUACUACUCAAGCAACGACUACUCAAGCAACGACUACCCGGCCUGGAACUACUACACAGGCGACAACUACUCGGCCUGGAACUACUACCCAAGCAACGACUACUCGUCCUGGAACUACUACUCGAGUAACAACUACACUAGCCACUACUACUCGUCCAGGCACUACUUCACAAGCAACGACUACCCGUCCUGGAACUACUACCCAGGCAACAACUACCCGGCCUGGAACUACUACUCAAGCAACGACUACCCGGCCUGGAACUACUACACAGGCGACAACUACUCGGCCUGGAACUACUACCCAAGCAACGACUACCCGACCUGGAACUACUACACAGGCAACAACUACCCGUCCUGGAACUACUACCCAAGCAACGACUACCCGUUCUGGAACUACUACUCAAGCAACGACCACCCGACCUGGAACUACUACUCAAGCAACGACCACCCGACCUGGAACUACUACUCAAGCAACAACUACUCGUCCAGGCACUACUACACAAGCAACAACCACACGUCCUGGAACUACUACUCAGGCAACAACUACUCGUUCCGGAACUACUACUCAAGCAACAACUACCCGCUCUGGAACUACUACCCAAGUAACGACCACCCGACCUGGAACUACUACCCAAGCAACAACUACACGUCCCGGAACUACUACUCAAGCUACCACUACCCGUCCUGGAUCCACUACCCAAGUAACAACUACCCGACCUGGAACUACUACUCAAGCUACCACUACUCGCCCGGGCACAAGCCAAACAACAACUACGGCACAAGCCACAACUACACGCACAGGCACCACCACCCGUGCAACUACAACGCAAGUCACUACUACUCGUCUAAGCACUACCACGCAAGCGACCACCACUCUAGGUACAACAUCACGCUCAGGGACAACGACAGAAGCAACCACUACUCGACGUACAACAACCCGUUCGGGUACAACAACACGAGGCACUACCACGGUAAUGACUUCCCACUCAAGAACGACUACAUAUACUCGUCAAACGACGACCACCCAGCCAACAACUACCCGACCAGGGACUACAACCCAACCGACAACUACCCGGACUACUACAACUACACAACCUACAACUUCCCGGAUUACGACAACUACCCGACCAGGGACUACGACCCAACCUACAACGUCCCGGAUUACUACGACUACUCAACCUACAACUACUCGACCAAUGACUACUACCCAACCGACAACUACUCGACCUACAUCUACAACCCAGCCGACAACUACUCGGAUUACUACUACAACACAACCUACAACUACUCGACCAAGAACUACCACCCAGCCGACGACUACUCGGAUUACAACAACAACGCAACCUACAACUACUCGACCAAGAACUACCACCCAACCGACAACUACUCGGAUUACAACAACUACGCAACCUACAACUACUCGACCAAGGACUACGACCCAACCGACAACUACUCGGAUUACAACAACUACGCAACCUACAACCACUCGACCAAGGACUACCACCCAACCGACAACUACUCGGAUUACAACAACUACGCAACCUACAACUACUCGACCAAGGACUACGACCCAACCGACGACUACUCGGAUUACAACGACGCAACCUACAACUACUCGACCAAGAACUACCACCCAGCCGACGACUACUCGGAUUACAACAACUACGCAACCUACAACUACUCGACCAAGGACUACCACCCAGCCGACGACUACUCGGAUUACAACAACUACGCAACCUACAACUACUCGACCAAGGACUACGACCCAACCGACGACUACUCGGAUUACAACGACGCAACCUACAUCUACUCGACCAAGGACUACGACCCAGCCGACAACUACUCGGAUUACUACUACUACACAACCUACAACUACUCGACCAAGGACUACGACCCAGCCGACAACUACUCGGAUUAUAACAACUACUCGAGCCACGACGACCCGUCCAAGCACCACAACGCGUCCAAGCACCACAACACGUCCUGGAACCACUACCCGCCCACUAACAACUACUCGUAUCUCAACAACCCUUACUAG